AAGACCUACGUUUAUCUGACUUAUGCCAGCAACCUCCUGAGGAACUUGAUGACCUAACUCACAGUUAUAAUACCACACUAAAGAGAAUUCUUGACAGACAUGCACCCCUUCGAGUUAGAUAUGUAGUUGUUACACCUCCGGUUCCUUGGUUUACUAAUAGCAUUCGUGAAGCAAAAAGGGAACGGCGCAAAACUGAACGAAGAUGGAGAACUGCAAAUCUUCAUGUGGACUUUCAGCGAUUUAAGAGGGCAAAGAAUCGGGCGACCUAUUUGGUGAACAGAGCAAGAAGUGAAUUCUAUAGUAACUUAAUUAGUGAGAACUCUGGUAAUCAAAGGAAAUUAUUUUCAAUUACAAGGAAUAUUUUCAAUCAGAGUAACAAGAUGGUUUUUCCACCUAACUUUUAUAAUAUGGAAAGUUUUGUUGACGAUAUGGGAACAUUCUUUAUAAGGAAGAUUACAAACGUACGUGCGGAAUUAGCUUGUGUAGAUGAUUGUACCUAUAGCAAUGUUGGUGACACAUGUGUAUCAUCAUUUGAGAAUUUUGAACCUUUGGAAAUGUAA